UGGCUUUACUUCUGUCAUGAGUCGUGUGCAUUUUUUAUCUUAUCUAUCUUUAGACAAAUCAAAAUGGAUAUGAAAAUAUUAGCACUCAAAGUGUGUUUCAUUUUGUUUGCUUAUACAAGAAAUGCAGCAUCGCUGGAGUGUUAUAAAUGCUCCAACUCAACAAAUAUCAACCAGUGUAACGAUGUUAUUCAUUGCAACAUUGGUCAAUCAUGUUUCCAUGAUUUGUCAACAGUUGGACAGAAUCGGAUGUAUUCAUUAGGAUGUAUUGACAAACAUCAAUGUGGUACUCAUAGAGGAGUUGAGACAGGAUUGGUUGGCCGUGGUUUACAAGGACAAAAUAAUGACUGUCAUGAGUGUUGUAGCUCAGAUAAAUGCAAUAAACCACUUUGUGAACAUUUCAAACCAUCAUCGUGUAUUGACGAUCAUAAAAUCGACUGUGCCUACCUCAAUACCGUUACAAAUGUUUGCAGUGAUACUCAGCAUGCCCGGAUUAUAUGCCCUCGAUUUUGUGAUCUAUGCAAUCUAGAUAUCACAUCUUUAUCCACCACUAUGCCGACUCCCGAUUCGUCUUUGUUUACAAAAACGACAAGUAAUUCAGUGGUUUUCACAAAAACAAUUCUAUCAAUGCAAACGUCAGCCUUUCCGCAAACGACUGCCAUGUUCGAACUGACAGGUCAUGUGAAAUUAUGUCCGCAAAGAAUACAGCAGCUUGCCCAGACAAGGGGAGAACUGUUAGCACAGUUUGGACAAAAUUGCUACGAAAUCGUUGACUCAGGAGUAUCAUGGUCACACGCGGAGACAAUUUGUAAAGGUCAUGGUGGUCACUUGAUACACAUAGCAAACCAACAGGAACAAGAUUUUAUUUUUGAUUUCCUAGUAAAGAAUUUCACGCACCCAGUUUGGCUAGGUCUAAAUGACAGAAAUACUGAGGAAACAUUUGAAUGGACGUCUGGUAAUGCUGUAACGUACACAAACUGGAAGCUUGGACGAAAAGAUAAUCGGCAUCACGCCGCAGAAGAUUGUGUAUAUAUGACAUCAAAAACAGGAGAAUGGGACGAUAUAGAAUGUGGCGGCGAUAACGCUUUAUCUGAAUUAUUUCAUGGAAUUCGUCAUGCAUUUAUAUGCCAAUAUGCCAAAGUUACUUCGACAAAUACAAGCAUUAACGGUGAGUAA